AUGCACACACCAACCAGCAAAGCCCUCUUCCGCCCCCUCUUCACCACCCUCCUCCUCCCCAGCACAGCCCUCGCGGUGUCCCUGACCACCCUGUCUCCAAGGGAUACACCCGCCGCGUUGCCGCGCGUGGCAUCGAUCUCAUACUCGGGCAAUGGGUGUCCGUCGUCAGCGCCCGAAGUCGACAAGCUCGGCUCAUGGAGCGACCUCGCGUUCCAGAUGAAUGCGUUCGAUGCCCAGAUCCCCGGCGGCACUACUAGUAGUACCAACUGCGAGGUCCACGUCCAGGCUAUUGGUUGCAGCGCGGGCUGGCAGGUCGGCGUCAAGGACGUUUAUGUGAAGGGGCACCUCGUACUCGACCCGGGGGCCGAGCUGGACUACUAUGUCACGAGCUUCUGGAGCGAGGAUGCUGGCGCGGAUGUCACCGUCUCCGGCUCCGUCCCCAACACCGGCAUGACCCGCCUGGACGAGGACGUGACGGCGCACACGUCGAUUCCCGAAGACCAGGUUGUGUGGUCGCAGUGCAGCGGCACCGACGGCGCUUUGGGCCUGUUAAACGUCAACUUCCGCGUCGCGCUGCUCGCCGACGGCGACCAGUACGGCUACUUUGGCAAGGACGCGGACACGACUGCUACUGAGAGCUACGGGUCCCGUAGCCUUCUACGCCAUAACCUCCCUCCUGACCGUCGCCCGUCGCCCUCCUCCAAUGCUACUCCCUCUCCAUCGGCUGCGUGCUCUGGCGGCGGAUCCACCGACCCUCCACCCUCAACCCUCCCCCCAGCCCAGUUCUCGCUCGGCCGCUUCGGCAUACCGCUCAACGCCGCGGCGGUCCUGUACUCGAUCUGGGCCUUUCUCUGGAGCUUCUGGCCGCAGGCUUACCCGGCCACUGCGUCCGGGUACAAAUGGGCCUCGCCUAUUUUUGGGGUUACGCUCGCCGGCUCCUUGGUUUAUUUUGUUGUUAGAACCAGACACACUUAUGUCGGUCCUGUGACUGAAGUCGAGGGGCGGAAGCUGCAUGCUAGGUAG